ACCUUAUCAUUAGCACUUUUGAACUUUUGAUCGUGUGAGUGAAUGGUGUGUGAGUGUGCCCUGUGACGGGUUGGCACCCCAUCCUGGAUUGUUCCCUGCCUUGUGCCCAAAGGCUCUGAACCCCCACCACCCUGAAUAAGACGCACAGGUACAGAAAAUGUAUGGAUGAAUAUUUGUUAAUGGAAAAAAAAAUGCUUUUAAAAAGUGUAUCAAUUGGUUAUUUCAUAAAACAAGCACAGGUAUAUUCAGUACCAUGACUCCGCUAACUAUUUAAUCAUACUUACCAUAUUCUCCUAAGCAUAAACUAAUGAUCUCUUACAGUCAAGUAAGUGCCUUGCUUGGUAUCAUUCAAACUUACAGAACAAAAGACAGCCUCAAGUCAGCAUUACGCUACACUGGGCGUUAGCUAUAUGACAAACCAAGUCCAGAUCUGAUUUUCAUUGCAGUGUGUGCUAUUUGACAGCACGAGACCUUGCCACACCAGAGAGCUGAAGCCUUUUCGUGCGGAGCUGAAUAUCACGGCAGCCACACCUGCACACUUAUGCAUAUCCGGGCAAAACUGGGGCACAAUGCACUCAUGCAUUCUCUGAAUGUGCAUGUAUUGCAUCACUUCAGUGCCGCUGCAUACAAAUGUAAAGCAAAUAUAGAUGUAUAGAAAAACACAGCAGCAUUUCCAAAAAAGAAAUGAAACACAUGAUGUCAAACAUAAGCAACAACUGCAGCGGGCCCGAUUCGGAAGGCAUGAAGCUGUUUUUGGGGAUUGCAUACAUCCCUGUUGCUGUCGUGGGGCUACUGGUGAACGGCUCAGCCGUCUUCGUGUUCCUCUGCAAGAAGGCGGCCUGGAACGACACCCACGUAUAUACGCUAAGCCUGGCGUCGGCCAACUGCGCCCUGGUGCUGUUCCUGCCCUUCAGGAUCUACGACGCGUUCCGGCCGAUGAAACUGUCCGCCUUCUGCACCUUCCUGGUCUCCACUCACUACAUAAACAUGUACGCCAGCAUCUUCACGAGGACCGCCAUCAGCAUCCACCGCUGCGUGCUCCUCAAGUUCCCUAUCCAGAGGAGGACCAGGGACUCCCAAAAGACCAUCGCCUUCGCCGUCUGCAUCCUCAUCUGGGUGACAGUCGUCACCAUUUGUGCCACAUUCAUUGAGGAAAACCUUCCUGCGCACAUGAAGAUGUGCUAUAAGAGGAGUGACGAGCCACUAUCGGGGACAUUCAUAUUACUACUGGAGAUUUUAGGGUUUCUUUUACCACUUUUUAUAAUAACACUUUGCUCAAUGCAGACAAUAUUCGUGCUGAUGAAGAACGAGACGGCCAAAAUAAAAAUGGUAUUCGUUAGAAUUAUCACUGCGAAUUUAAUUGUGUUUGUCAUUUGCUAUUCCCCUAUUCAUGUUGGAUUAUUUCUCAGGUUUAAUGCUGGUAAAUUCGUGAACUGUAAACAAUAUAAUCUGAUUAGCAGUUAUUACCAGAUCUGUGAAUGGAUCGCCACAACAAACUGUUGUUGGGAUUUUGUUGCAUUUUAUUGUUUACUGAAAACAUUAUACAGGAUUGAUUGAAUACAAAUCGAAUUCACUUCUAAGCUGUUCAAAAAGAUAUAUGCGUGUGCUGAUUACCUUAAAAGACACUUCGUUUCAUUUUGAAUUUUUUAUUCAUUUUGAAAAAGAAUGAAACUUCUCUUUCCAGUGGGCUAAAAAUGUAUUCCAUCGUGAACUCACGCUAUGCACGUAUCACUAUAGGAAAGGUGACUUAAACUGAAACUGCCACGUCACCGUUACAACACUGAGUUAAAAGGGGACCAUUUUGAGUGUGUUUAAUAAAAUAAUACUGGGGUAUUCUGUUUCUGUUUAAUAAAACGCAAAUUAAAAUAAAUCACGAAGUUCUGCUCA